UCAGCUCCACUGCAGCUUUAACGACGUCCGACAAACCUUUUUUGACUUUUGUUCCAGAUCGACGAGAGGUGGAGUGUAAAGUCUGUCCAAAUCUGAGAAGACUUCUGCCAUUUCACAACAAAUUUCUGCGGUGUGGAUACAAGUUUGUAGUGCAAGUUUGACCUACUUUGUUAUCUUAAAGAGUUGGAUCAAGGUAGCAAUGAGGACCUUUGAUGACCUUCUGGAGGAGGCCGGGGGUUUCGGCCGCUCUCAGAAGCGUAUCUUCCUUCUGCUGUGUAUGGUUUCUUUGCCUUUUGCAGGUGUGUACGUCGGGAUCGUCUUCCAGGGGUUCACCCCGGAUCACUGGUGCCGGGACUCUGCGGUGGUGGGGCUGAGGCGGGCGUGCAGCUGGAGCCUGCUGCACAGUCGCAGGCUGACGCUGCCGCCGGUUAACAGCUCCGCAGAGCUGCAGCACAGCAGCUGUGAGCAGUACGAGGUGGACUGGAACAACACGGAGAUCACCUGCGACACGCAGGAGCUCAACCUCAGCGAGGUCGCACUCACCACGUGCAAGGAUGGCUGGGAGUAUCAGUACGAAGGCAGGAAGUCCUUCGUCACAGAGUUUGACCUGGUGUGUUCAGACGGCUGGUAUGUGGACAUGUACCAGGCCAGUCUCAACGUGGGCUUCCUCGUUGGCAGCUUUGCUUUUGGUUUCUUUGCCGACAGGUUUGGCAGGAAGAUCAGUUUCCUGGUGUCCAACGUGCUGAAUGUGCUGGCGGGGAUGGCGCUGGCUCUGACUCCCAACUACGUCUCCAUCCUGGUGCUGAGGUCCGUCUUCGGCUUCGGAGCCAAAGGAGGCUGGAUGUCUGCUUAUGUGCUGGUCACAGAGAUUGUGGGCGUGGAGUACAGACGGACGGUGGGCAUCCUGUACGAGAUGUUCUUCAGCGUCGGCGUCCUCAUCCUCCCGCUGCUCGCCUACUUCAUCACCGACUGGCGCUGGCUGCAGGUCGUCAUCACCGCACCCUACAUCCUCUUCCUGUCCUACUUCUGGUUCAUCCCGGAGUCUCCGCGGUGGCUCAUCUCUCAGAACAAAUCCUCCAAAGCUUUGGAGAUCACAGAAGCGAUCGCCAAGGAGAACAACAGAAAACUGAAGAACACGGAGAGCCUGUGUGACGACGAAGGAGAGUGCUCCUCUGCCUCCCUGCUGGACCUGGUCAGAACUCCAAACAUGAGAAAAAACACUUUAAUCCUCAUGUUCAACUGGUUCACCAGUGCGGUGGUGUACCAGGGCCUCAUCAUGCGGGUGGGGAUAACGGGAGGAAACGUCUACUUGGACUUCCUCCUCUCCGCCCUGGUGGAGUUCCCCUCCGCCUUCCUCAUCCUCCUCACCAUCGAACGCAUCGGCAGACGCGUUCCCUUCGCCGCCGCCAACAUCGUGGCCGGAGCUUCCUGCUUGAUCACCGCCUUCAUUCCUGACAAACCGUUACAAGUCUGCAGCUGUCUGCAGGAGCUAAAUGUGGAAACCGAGCUCUCCUUGCUAUGUUCUGGUUUAAGACGGUGGUGGCGUGCGUGGGCCGGCUGGGCAUCACCAUGGCCUACGAGAUGGUGGUGUUUGUUAACGCCGAGCUGUACCCGACCUACAUCAGGAACCUGGCCGUGUCAGUGUGUUCCACUCUGUGUGAUGUUGGAGGAAUCGUCUCGCCGUUCCUGCUCUACAGACUCGCCGCCAUCUGGCUGGAGCUGCCACUCAUCAUCUUCGGAGCGGUGGCGUUUGCAGCCGGAGGUUCGGUGUUGUUGCUGCCUGAAACCAGAGGAGUUCCUCUCCCCGACACCAUCGAUGAUAUCGAGUUUCCCAACAGAAAAAAGGCGGACGUGGUGAAGAACCAACAAACGAAGGAACUUUUAAAAUCCGACCUGACCAACAACAAAGAAACGACAGCCGUGUGACUCUCUUUGUGUGUGUGUGUAAAUUUGUCCUGAGCUAAAAACCAAGGAAGCACUGUAGGUUUUUAUUUUUUAAAAUACAUUUUCUAUAAAGAACGACUUCCUCCUUUA